GUGCUGCCUCUACUAUCCAAUAUCUAAAUCAUGUCCAAUAUUUUAAUACUGCUACUUCAACUCAAAAUAAAAUAACUGAGAAAAUCAUUGUUCCUGGUGUACUAUUACCAAAUAUUGCAAUACAGAAAAAA